AUGGCUUCCAGAUUAGAGGAGGAUCUCUGCUGUCCGGUCUGUCAGGAGGUCUUCAGAGAUCCUGUUAUUCUGUCAUGUAGCCACAGCUUCUGUAAAGUCUGUCUGAAGAACUGGUGGAGACAGAAACCAACACAGGAGUGUCCAGUUUGUAAGAGAAGAUCUUCAAAGGAGGAACCACCUUUAAACUUGGUGCUGAGGAACCUGUGUGAGUCCUUCUUACAGGAGAGAGAUCAGAGAUCUCCAGAGGCUCUCUGCAGUCUGCACUCUGAGAAACUCAGACUCUUCUGUCUGGACCAUCAGCAGCCAGUGUGUGUCGUCUGCAGAGAUUCAGAAAAACACACCAACCACAGAUUCAGACCCAUUGAUGAAGCUGCAACAGAUCUAAAGAAGAACCUUCAGGAAACUCUGGAGCCCUUAAAGGAGAAGUUAAAGGUUUAUGAAGAAGUUAAAGUGAAGUUUGAUGAAACAGAAAAACACAUCAAGGUCCAGGCCCGACACACAGAGAGGCAGAUUAAGGAGCAGUUCAAGAAGCUUCACCAGUUUCUAGCAGAGGAAGAGGAGGCCAGGAUGGCUUCACUGAGGGAGGAAGAGGAGCAGAAGAGUCAGAUGAUGAAGGAGAAGAUGGAGGCUCUGAGCAGAGAGAUAGCAGCUCUUUCAGACACAGUCAGAGCCACAGAGGAGGAGCUGAGAGCUGAAGACGUCUCAUUCCUCAACAACUACAAGGCUGCAGUGGAAAGAGUCCAGCGCUGCCCCCUGCUGGAUGAUCCACAGCUGCCCUCAGGAGCUCUGAUAGACCAGGCCAAACAUCUGGGCAACCUGGCCUUCAACAUCUGGAACAACAUGAAGGACCUGGUCUCCUACACUCCUGUCAUUCUGGAUCCAAACACUGCUGAUCCAAGACUGAUCCUGUCUGAAGAUCUGACCAGUGUGAGAGGAGGAGAUAAACAACAACUUCCUGAUAAUCCAGAGAGGUUUGAUUAUAACUGUUCUGUCCUGGGCUCUGAGGGCUUUAACUCAGGGACUCACAGCUGGAAUGUUGAUGUUGGAGAUAACAGAUUGUGGGGACUGGGUGUGUUAGCAGAGUCUGAUCAGAGGAAGGGACGCAUACGAUCUGGAUUGUGGAGAAUGGGGUUCUAUAAAGUAAAGAAGAGGCUCCAGAGGAUCAGAGUGAAUCUGGACUGGAACAGAGGAAAUCUGUCCUUCUCUGAUCCUGAUACUAACACACACAUACACACCUUCACACACACUUUCACUGAGAGGAUGUUUCCUUUCAUUAUGACUGUGGAGAAGGUGAAGAUUUUACCAGUGAAUGUCUCUGUGUCAGUGAAUCAGAUCAAUUAGAGACAAACAGGAUGAUUAUUAAUGUUUAUUGGGCUGUAACAACUAAUCAAUGUCAGUGAUCAUAUAAACUGUAGUUUUGUUGUCAUGGUGUUGGGUCAGUUACGUCACUGGAACCAGUGAGAACACAUUUAAUAUCUGGUGGUUGGAACUAGAUCAUUGUGUUUAUAGCUUAAGACACGUUGAAUGUAGAGAUGAUAACUUUCUUUAUAAAGGACCUGAAGCAAGCAGUAUGUAGGACCUGGAGACAAUGCUUCAUAGACUUUAACCAAUGAUUCAUGUUCUUGAUUGAAUAAAUUCUCAAGUCUAAUAUUUGUGUUGCAUGUGUUUGACUGGAUUCUCUUUGUCUACUUUAAAAAUCUGUUGAUGUUUUUGUCAUUUUUACGCAGAAAUGUAAAUAUUUGUGAAGGAUGCAAACACUGUAAAGCCAGGAUGUCUUUGAGGAAGCCAAGUGAGACAAAAACUCUGAUCUGUAGGUUUUUAUGUGGUGGGGACAUAAAAGAGCAUGUUGCUGUACGUCACUAUUUCAUGUAAUGGAAUGAACUAUUGGAGCGUCCAGUUUCCUUAAACACGCUGGUUAUCUAACACUCACUGUGAACACACACCACUGCAUCGUCCUCUUGACUUAAAUAACUCAUUUACUGCCCUCAGCUUAGUGCACAGCACAGAUUAGUUUUUUACUGAAUCCUCCAUCACUGUGCAUGUUCAUUCUGAUAAAGAAAUGUCAAAACAAAGCUGCUAAUCUACUAUUUCAUUCAAUGGUUUGAUGAUGAAGGUACUAU